CCCUCUGUACAUUCCACACCAGCCACUCCAUCAUCACCCUUCACUCAUCAGCCAUGGUGCUCACCAUGGCCACCGGCCAAGAGGACUCCCUCCUCCUGCUCCUCCUCCCCACCACCUCCCCACUCCCGCCCCUCAUGGCCGUGUUCAUCCUAGCCGCCGUCCUCCUGUGGCUCUCCCCCGGUGGUCCUGCGUGGGCGCUCUCCCGCUGCCGCCGCCCGCCGUCCGGCCCAACGGGCGUGGUCACCGCGCUCUCAAGCCCCGUGGCGCACCGCACCCUGGCGGCGCUGUCCCACGCCGUAGACGGCGGCAAAGCACUGAUGGCCUUCUCGGUCGGGCUCACCCGCCUCGUCGUGUCGAGCCAGCCCGACACGGCGCGAGAGAUCCUCGUCAACCCCGCGUUCAGCGACCGCCCCAUCAAGGACGCGGCUCGCCACCUGCUCUUCCACCGCGCCAUGGGCUUCGCGCCCUCCGGAGACGCGCACUGGCGCGGGCUCCGCCGCCUCGCCGCCAACCACCUGUUCGGCCCGCGCCGCGUGGCGGCGGCCGCGCACCACCGCGUCUCCAUCGGCGAGGCCAUGGUCGCCGACGUCGCCGCUGCCAUGGCCCGCCACGGCGAGGUCUCCCUGAAGCGCGUGCUGCAUAUCGCGUCUCUCAACCACAUCAUGGCCACCGUCUUCGGCAAGCACUACGACAUGGACAGCCAAGAGGGCGUCCUUCUGGAAGAGAUGGUCACCGAGGGCUACGACCUCCUGGGCACGUUCAACUGGGCUGACCACCUGCCGUUGAUCAAGCAUCUCGACCUCCAGGGCGUGCGCCGCCGGUGCAACAGGUUAGUCCAAAAGGUUGAAGUGUUCGUUGGAAAGAUCAUCCAGGAGCACAGGGCGAGGCGCGCGAAUGGAGGAGUCGACGAUGAGUACAUGGGUGACUUCGUCGACGUCCUUCUUGACCUCGAGGGAGAGGAGAAGCUGUCCGAAUCCGACAUGAUCGCUGUUCUUUGGGAGAUGAUCUUCAGAGGCGCCGACACUGUGGCGAUCUUGAUGGAGUGGAUCAUGGCGAGGAUGGCGCUGCACCCUGAAAUCCAGUCCAAGGCCCAGGCGGAGCUGGACGGCGUCGUCGUGGGCGGCGUGGCGGACGCCGACGUGGGCAACCUCCCCUACAUCCAGUGCAUCGUGAAGGAGACGCUGCGGAUGCACCCUCCGGGCCCGCUCCUGUCGUGGGCGCGCCUCGCCAUCCACGACGCGCACGUCGGCGGCCACCUGGUCCCCGCCGGCACCACGGCCAUGGUGAACAUGUGGUCCAUCGCGCAUGACCCCGCCAUCUGGGCAGAGCCGGAGAAGUUCCGCCCCGAGCGCUUCCAGGAGGAGGACGUGAGCGUCCUCGGGAGCGACCUCCGCCUGGCCCCGUUCGGCGCCGGACGCCGCGUCUGCCCCGGCAAGAUGCUGGCCCUCGCCACCACACACCUCUGGAUCGCCCAGCUGCUGCACGAGUUCGAGUGGGCACCCGCGGCCGCCAACGGCGGCGUCGACCUGUCCGAGCGCCUCAACAUGUCGCUGGAGAUGGCCACGCCGCUGGUGUGCAAGGCCGUCCCCAGGGCCCAGCUGGCCUAAGCUGCCGCCUCCAUGCAUGCCGCCCUGCUGAGAGAGAGUCUCGUUUUCGUUCGCGUACGUGUCUAUGCAUGCACGCCUCAGCUACUGUAGCUUGUGGCUUGCUAGUGUGUUUUGGAUGUCCUGCGUCGAGACCACCAAAAUAAUAAUAGUAAUGAAGUUUUAAGUUUUGAUAUUA